AUGGUCGUCUACUACCAGCUCGCCGGCAAGCAGGUCGGCUCUCACCACCUCGCCCUCGGUAUCCUCGGCUCCCUCUUCGGUGGUGUCUACCUUGCUACCCGUGGCGGUGGUGCCCAGCAGAAGCCCGCCGCUCCCCCGAUCCAGGCGUCUUCCAAGGACGAGGAGGUUUUCAUCCAGGACUUCCUGAAACAAAUGAACGGGGAGACCAAGAAGGAAAACCAUUAG